UAUUCCUAUUUAUUUUUACGUCAUAAAAAAACUAAAUGUUGGAUUAAUGGCGAGUCUACUAAGUCUAUAUCAAAUUAUUAUCGAGUCAACGAAGAGUCUAUGUUAAGUCAUAGUCUAGAUGAUGUAGUGUCUACAUUGGGUUAUAAUCGAAUUAAA